GGAAACCGGAAGGGCAAGAGUAAGAAAUGGCGUCAGAUGCUGCAGUUCCCCCAUAUCAGCCUCUGUGAGGAUCUUCGACAAACCCUUGCAGAGCUUUCCUUCAGCUGAGGCCUCUCCUCUGAGUGCAGCUGCCCUUCCUGUGGGUGUCAUAUGUUUUCCAGCAUUGAAGUUCAUCUUUGUUAUGCUGCCCAUUUGCCAGUGAGCGGGACUACCACAGCCUGUGUGAGAAGCAGCCCAUUGGGCACAUGCUCUUUCGGCAGUUCUGCGAGACACGACCUGAGCUGUCACGCUGUGUCAAGUUCUUGGAUGCUGUGGCAGGGUACGAAGUGGCUCCAGAUGAGAAGCGGAAGGAAUGCGGGCAGCACCUGAUUGAAAAGUACUUGAAGCCAAAGAGCGAGGACCAUGUGCCUGAAGUCCCUUCACAGCUGGUGAGUGCCUGUUGUGAGAGGCUGGAGCAGGAACCUUCCAAGGAGCUCUUCAAAGAAUCUACUAAGCUUAUCCACGAUUACCUGAGCGUGGCUCCCUUCGCUGACUACCUCGACAGCUUGUACUUCAACCGCUUCCUACAGUGGAAAUGGCUGGAACGGCAGCCAGUGACCAAAAACACUUUCCGCCAGUACCGUGUGCUGGGCAAGGGUGGCUUUGGGGAGGUUUGUGCCUGCCAAGUACGUGCCACGGGGAAGAUGUACGCCUGCAAGAAGUUGGAGAAGAAACGAAUCAAAAAGCGGAAGGGAGAGGCCAUGGCCCUGAAUGAAAAGCAGAUCCUGGAAAAAGUGAACAGUAGGUUUGUAGUGAGCUUAGCCUAUGCAUAUGAAACUAAAGAUGCUCUCUGCCUAGUGCUGACCCUCAUGAAUGGAGGGGACCUCAAGUUCCAUAUCUACCACAUGGGAGAGGCUGGCUUUGAGGAGCCCCGGGCAGCUUUCUAUGCUGCCGAGAUCUGCUGCGGCCUCGAGGACUUGCACCAGGAGAGGAUAGUGUACAGGGAUCUGAAGCCAGAAAACAUAUUGCUAGAUGACCACGGUCACAUCCGUAUCUCAGAUCUGGGGCUAGCUGUGCACGUGCCAGAGGGCCAAACCAUCAAGGGUCGGGUGGGGACAGUUGGCUACAUGGCUCCAGAGGUGGUGAAGAAUGAACGCUACACAUUCAGCCCAGACUGGUGGGCUCUGGGCUGCCUGGUGUACGAGAUGAUCGAGGGGCAGUCCCCCUUCCAGCAGCGCAAGAAGAAGAUUAAGCGGGAGGAGGUGGAGCGAUUGGUGAAGGAUGUGCAGGAGGAGUACUCAGAGAAGUUCUCGCCCUGUGCCCGCUCCCUCUGUACCAUGCUUCUGUGCAAAGACCCUCUGGAGCGCCUGGGGUGCCGAGGAGCUGGGGCCAGGGAAGUGAAGGAGCAUCCUCUUUUCAAGCACCUCAACUUCCGGAGGCUGGAAGCAGGCAUGCUGGAACCGCCCUUCAAGCCAGAUCCCCAAGCCAUCUACUGCAAGGAUGUUCUGGACAUCGAGCAGUUCUCCACGGUGAAGGGGGUUGAGCUGGAGCCCACAGACAAUGACUUCUACCAGAAGUUUGCUACGGGAAGCGUGCCCAUUCCUUGGCAGAACGAGAUGAUCGAGACAGAGUGUUUUAAGGAGCUGAAUGUCUUUAGCACAGAUGGCACAGUACCCCCAGACCUGGACUGGAAAGGACAGCCCUCUCCGCAGCCCAAAAAGGGCUUACUUCAGCGCUUCUUCAGCAGACAGGACUGUUGUGGAAACUGCAGCGACAGCGAGGAAGAGCCCACCCGGCUGUAGAGCACAGCUUGUUCUCCAGCCCCUGGGACCCUCUUGCCUCUCCGGGUGCCCAGCAGAACAACAGGCCAGCCUGCAGGACAAGGUAGCAGUGGCCCCACAAGGUGGAGUUGUUUACAGCUUUGCACAUCUGUAUUUGAAGACUGAGGAUGGCUUCAGGGCUGGCAGCAGCAUGCACCGUGUGCCUCGGGCGGGGGAGCCUCUAACCGUUGGCAAGCCAUCACCCCUAAGACAGACCUGGAUGUUCCUGAAUCUGCCACUUGGGAUUGUGCUGCUGCCCGCCGGCUGCUGCUCCCCUCCUGGGCCGAGGGUGGGAGGGAGGGAUGGCGCUGACGUGGGCCGAGGCCAGGCUGGAGCAGCUCUGCUGACACAUUCCACGGUGCCAAAGCGGCGCUGCAGGUUUGGUGUAUAUUUAUAUACGUUGAUCUGUACAUAUCACAUAGUGGGUUUUAAUCUAUAGGUGGGGGCCUGCACUGCCCCCACCCUGUCACAGGCACAAAUGUCCUCCUAUGGGGGGAGUGACAGUCCCAGCUUUGUACCAGGGAGUCCUGGGCAAGGGCCUUCUGUGCCUUGAGGUGUCUAAAGCAUCUUUCCUGGACCUUUCUGGCCAUGCUGAGGCGUCCCUGGCUCCAGAGGAGUCCAUUGCUCAGCCUUGAGGCACAGGAAACUGCUGUGCCAAAGCGUCUAUCAUCGCAUCCUGGCAGCACAGCGUCGCUGCUUCAUCCCUGCUUCCCUGUCUGCUGGAGGCUGCUUCCUCCUGCCUUGUCUCGCACAUGCUGCCAGCUCCUGAGCACUGAUCCCGGCCCUCUGUUCAGACCCUUGGCAGGCCACCUGCAGCAUGGCAGGACAUAGCUGCUCGUACAGCACCUGCCCAGACGGUAACUGCUGCGGGGUCUGAAGGGUUGAUCUGAUGUCCCACAUGGUGCAGGAGGUCCCCGGCACAGUCCCGCCAGCUUUGGACCAGCCAUCUGUGCUUGCUGUGGAAAGCUGGUGGGUGCAGGCAGGCCCUGGGCCCAGCUUGCUAUCGGCGGCUGGCGUGCAGUGGCACGAGUGUGUCCGUGCAGCUGGCAUGCAGUCAGACCUCAGACACGUAAGGGGUCCCGCUCUUGGGGGACAACGCCGUGGUAAAGGAAGCGUCCCCUGCUGGGGCUGCGCUGUGCACCAUGACCCCAGAGGGAGCAAGGCUGGAACCAGCCUACCUGCUACACCGGCUUUGCUUAGUGCCCGUCCUGAGGAGGGGGGUCCUCCAGCACGUGGCCCAGGAGCUGCUGGCAGCACAGCUCUUGUGCCGUAGGGCAGUGCAGGAGGGAGAGGGGCCUGAGCCUGCGCUGGAGCCCCCCCGUCUCUGGGGAGCAGUGUCACUUGGCCCUGCUCUCCUGCCUGUCCGUUCUGCUUGUCUCGUCCUGUGCACACUUGGUCCCAGCUGUGUCCCUAGCAAUAACCGGUCUGUUCUGUGUGCGUGUGUAUGUGUGUGUGUGUGCGCGCGCAUGUGUGUGUGUGCACGUGUGCGCGCUGCUGCCUCGUGCUCGUUCUGAGCCAGGCCCCAUGGGUGGGCUGAGCACCUACUUGGACCUGUGGUAUUUGCUUGCCUUGCACUAAAGUUUGAGA